AUGAAUAUGAAUAUAUUAGGUUCAAUAGUGAUAUUGUUGUCAUGGGUGUGUGCAGAUGCUGCAGUGUUUCUGAGCAUCGAUUGUGGUGCUUCCGAUUCUUACACCGACAGCCUUUCCAUAAACUGGGUUGGAGAUGAUGACUAUGUGCACAGCGGCGAGUCCCAGUUGGUGGAGUUGUCCAGCUCAACCCCUCAUGUGGCCAGCACUCUACGAGUUUUCACAAGUCUAAGGAAAAACUGCUACACCAUCAACAGCGUUGACAUGAUAGGUCAACGGCUUCUGGUGCGCGCUAGCUUUUACUACGGAAACUACGACGGUAACAACUCUCCCCCGACCUUCGAUCUCUACUUUGACUCCACCUACUGGACGCAAGUCAACUUAACCGGGGUUUCCGAUACCAUUGUUAAUUACGAGGUGAUAUACACUGUGAACAAAAACACCACCAGCAUAUGUCUUGCUCAAACCCUGCCUCGCCAGUUUCCCUUUAUAUCCGCACUCGAAUUCCGCAGUUUAGCUCCUAAAAUGUACACACGCGUUGGUUCUGAUUAUGCUUUGUUCAGGCAAAAGAGGUUUGCUUUAGGUGCACAACAACUCAUUAGGUAUCCAGACGACAGUUACGAUCGGAGAUGGGUACCCGGGUACGGUUUGUUUGCAUAUCAGGCGGAAGGUGAGGCGAUAAUAUCCAAGAUGGAUGUGAGUGGUGCAGAAGAUAAUCCUCCUGCAGCUGUAGUGCAAAAUGCAACCACCGGCAAUAACACGUCCGAGUAUCUUGAAUUAUAUACGUACCUCCCAGACUUUCCAGUUCAAGUGUACAUCACCACCUUCUUCUCGGAGGUGGAUCCUGCAGCACUCACUUCACCCAACAAACGAUCCUUUGAGAUUUAUGUAGACGAGCAGCCUUAUUCCAAACCCAUCGUCCCACCAUUUGAGAGCGUAGUGGAAGUCGCCAUCACCAACAUCACUGCUUCUUCGAAAACAUCCAUCACUCUCCGCCCCACUGCUGAUUCCACCCUUCCCUUCCUCAUCAAUGCCUUUGAAGUUUAUCUCCUGUCUAAAGUAGGACCAGCAACUGAUACCAGAGAUGUGGAGGGACUGGCGGUACUACAAGUGCAAUUCGAGGUGUUAAUUAUAUGGAGCGGUGACCCUUGCCUUCCAUUAAGCUCUUCGUGGGAAUGGGUUCAGAAUCUGAGUAGCUUCGAUCUGGUUGGUCCACUACCAGAUUUUAGUUCCAUGGAUGCCCUUGUCACAAUUGAUUUGCACGACAAUAGCUUAAAUGGUCCUAUCCCUGAUUUUCUUGGCUCCUUCCCGAAUCUAAAGCGACUAUUCAACGGAACCAUACCCACCUCCUUAUCCAAAAACAAGAAGUUGGAGUUAGUUGUGACUGGUAAUUGUCUCUCUGGAAUGUCUUGUCCACCUCCACCUCCACCUAAGACACCGCCUCAGACUCCACCGCCACCUACGACUACUAGUACUGAGACUACACCACCACCACCUUAUAACAAUGACAGGACACCGCCGCCGCCGCCGCCAGAUGUAUCCCAAUUCGGUUCAGGUUCAGGUUCAGGUUCAGGAUCUACCGAUGAUAGCAAGAACAAUGCCCUGCUUUCUAUACUAGUGGCAGCCACGAUUCAAGCUCUACUGUUAAUUACCUACUUUCCCUAA